AUGGCUAGCAAUAUAAUUGGCUCUUGUCUUCCGACAGACAUGAUCACAGAAAUUCUAUCAAUGCUGCCCCCGAAAUCCUUGCUUCGGUUCAAGAGUGUCUGCAGAAACUGGUUGGCUCUCAUCACAAGCUCCCACUUUAUAUCUUUCCAUUCUCAAUUUCGCCCCAAACAAUCUGUCUUCUUCACAUGCCUUAAAGAAGGCCAAUCAAGAGUAUCAUGUUGCAUCACAUCAAUACUUCCUGAUGGAACCAGUUGCAGACUUGGACGUGAUGCAGGUGAUGGUGAUGGAGACAUGCCAUCAUUCAUCAUCCAUGAUCUUGUCGGUUCAAGCAAUGGCCUGAUAUGCUUGUUAGCCAGAAGUGUAUAUUCUACUGAAGAGGACUACGUCUUAUGGAACCCGGCAACUAGACAAUAUCGCCAUCUGCCCGCCUCCCCUCUUCUUGCUCGUUUCAGUGAAAAAAAUGGUAGGCAUGCUUUCAGGAUUCAAGUUGCCGGGUUUGGUUUCCAUCAUGGAAUAAACGACUACAAAUUGUUCCGAAUUGUUCAGACACCGAAUGCAACCCAUGCUGAGGUUUUCACAUUGAGUGCAGGUUCUUGGAGAGAAGUUGAUGAAGCCCCUAUUGAAAGAGCUGGUGAAUGUUAUUUUGGGCAUCCCAUUGGUCCUGGGGUGGUUGUUAAGGGAGUGUGGUAUCAUGUGGGGUUCGAGUAUUCACUCCACCGCGAAUUUGAUGAUGAUCGAGAGGAGACGCACGAAUUUGAUACUGAACCGAAGAAGAAUACGUGGUUGAUUCUGAGUUUUGACAUGGGCAACGACACUUUAUCGGAGACGGUUGGUGCCGGCCAGCUGCCUUACCAGUAUUUUGACCCUGACAUUACGAGAAAACUUAUGGUGUACAAGGAUUCACUUGCGAUGAGCAUAUACAGGAAAAAAGAAUCAUGUCAUGAGAUUUGGACAUUGAAGAGUACUGAUGAAACUUGGACUCGGCUGUUUAUAAUUCCUAACAUUGAGACGGUUUUGGGAUUUUGGAACGACAAAGAAAUUAUAAUACGGAGAGGCUAUAAUCCUAAUGUAAGCUUGGUUUUGCUUGAUCCCUUCACCAAACGUUUGAGGAUGCUACCGCAAAAUGAUGAUGUAAUUUAUUUUCGUCAUGCUCAUACUUAUGUGGAAAGCUUGGCUUCAAUCUUCUAG